UGAACAUAUCUUCGAAAUUCGCGGGUGGGAAAUGAGACCUGUUCCCUUAUUGGUCAGACAUCAGACGACGUCUUUCAUUGGCAGACAGGGUUAAGUUUCGACGGGACAAGAUGGCGGCUGCUCCAGGACGUUUGGCCGGACGGUUGGCACUUGUUACAGGUGGAGGCAGUGGCAUUGGCAGAGCAGUUUGUCAGGCAUUUGCAGCCCAGGGGUCAAAGGUUGCCGUGGUAGACAUCAAUGAAGCACCAGCCAAUGAGACGCUCCAGUCCCUGUCAUGUGACCAAGGCUCGGAGCAUCAUGCCUUUGGUUGUGAUGUGUCCUCCACCCAGUCUGUCAGUCGACUGUUGACCGACGUUACCCAGAAAUUCUCCUGUGCUCCCUGUAUCGCAGUAAACUGUGCUGGAAUCACCAAGGAUGAGUUCCUCUUAAAAAUGGACAACAGAAUGUUUGAUCAAGUUAUCAAAGUUAAUCUCAAGGGUACCUUUCUGAUAACCCAGGCAGUAGGCAGGGCUAUGGUGGAGGGCAAAGUACCAAAUGGUUCCAUCAUCAACAUGGCCAGCAUUGUUGGCAAGGUUGGAAACCUUGGUCAGUGUAACUAUGCUGCCUCUAAAGCUGGAGUCGAGGGACUCACAAGGACAAGUGCCAAAGAACUAGCCAAAUUUGGAAUCAGAUGUAAUGCCAUCCUGCCUGGUUUUAUUGAAACACCAAUGACUGAUGCUGUACCACAGAAAGUGCUGGACAAGUUCAGAGAUUUUAUCCCGAUUGGCAGACUUGGGAAGCCAUCAGAUAUAGCAGAUGUUUGUGUAUUCCUGGCCUCUGAUGAGAGCAGUUACAUAACAGGAGCAAGUAUUGAAGUUGCUGGUGGCCUGCACAUGUAAAAACCUACAAAGGAGACUUAUGCAGUCAGCUCAGGGAACAACUAAGAUUAUUAAUACAGGAUUUUGCUACCUGUAUUAUAUAUGAUUAUGACUAUCUUAAAAUGGAGGCGCAUACUGAUAGAGAUAAUUUUAUUAUUUCUUUUCAAACCUGUUACAAAGUAAAACAACUUUAUGUACAAUGCAGCAAACUCAAAAUGGUAUGGAAAAUAAGCGAAACAAAACUAAUAAUCCAACUUUAAGGCAAAUAAACUUGUGAU